AUAUGUGCAUAGUAGAUCCUUGGUCUAGAGCCGGAAGGAUCAUCAGGGAUCCAAUGUUCACAUUUUUCAGAUGGGAAAACUGAGGCCCAGGGAGGGGACCUGCAGCUGCUGUUCCUGUUGGUGCUGCAGCAGCCACAACUACUCAAGAGAGCGAGCCCGGGCGCCCGCGCGCUGAGACCCCCGCGGUGGCCAGGGAAGCCGGCCCGACGCCCCGACGGACGGACUGACCGGCACCGGUUAGACCCAGGCCGAGAUGACAGAAGAGGUCAUCGUCCCUGUGUACUGCACGGGGGUGUCUGCCCAAGUGCAAAAACAGAGAGCAAAGGACCUAGGACUGGGCCUCCAUGAAAACUCCAUCAAGUACCUGGGCCAGGAUUACGAGAAGCUACGGUCCCAGUGCCUGCAGUCUGGGGUCCUUUUUGAGGAUGAUACUUUCCCCGCUAGUGCCCAUUCCCUGGGCUUCAAGGACCUGGGACCCAAAUCCUCCAAAACCUAUGGCAUUAAAUGGAAAAGGCCCACGGAACUUUUACCAAACCCUCGGUUUAUUGUGGAUGGGGCCACCCGAACAGACAUUUGUCAGGGAGCUCUGGGGGACUGCUGGCUCCUGGCAGCCAUCGCCUCCAUCACCCUGAACGACACCAUCCUGCACCGGGUGGUGCCUCAUGGGCAGAGUUUUCAGGAAGGCUAUGCUGGCAUCUUUCACUUCCAGUUGUGGCAGUUUGGGGAGUGGAUCGAUGUGGUUGUGGACGACCUGCUGCCAACCAAGGAUGGAAAGCUGCUCUUUGUGCACUCGGCCCAAGGCAAUGAGUUCUGGAGUGCCCUGCUUGAGAAAGCCUACGCCAAGGUGAAUGGUAGCUAUGAAGCCCUUGCUGGGGGUAGCACCUCAGAGGGAUUUGAAGACUUUACCGGAGGUGUUACAGAAUGGUUUGACCUCAAGAAACCACCUAGUGAUCUCUACUACAUCAUUCUGAAGGCCCUGGAACGGGGGUCCAUGCUGGGCUGUUCCAUCGAUAUCACCAGCGCCUUUGACAUGGAAGCCGUCACCUUCAAGAAACUGGUGAAGGGCCACGCCUACUCGGUGACCGGAGCCCAGCAGGUGACCCAUCGGGGCCGCUCGGUGAACCUAAUUCGAAUGCGGAACCCGUGGGGUGAGGUGGAGUGGACGGGGCCUUGGAGUGACAAUUCCUCUGAGUGGAGCCAGGUGGCCCCCUCUGAUAGGCAACAGCUCCAGGUCAAGAUGGAGGAUGGGGAGUUCUGGAUGUCCUUCAGUGACUUUCUUCGGGAGUUCACCCGCCUGGAGAUCUGCAACCUGACCCCAGACACCCUCAAGUCCCAAAAGUUCCGCAAAUGGAACACAACCCUGUAUGAUGGCACCUGGAGACGUGGAAGCACAGCGGGUGGCUGCAGAAACUACCCAGCCACCUUCUGGGUGAACCCCCAGUUUAAAAUCAAGCUGGAGGAGGUGGAUGAUCCCUCCGAAAAUUUCUGUGGUCGAGAUGACGGCUGCAGCUUCCUGCUGGCGCUCAUGCAGAAGAACCGGCGCCGAGAGCGGCGCUUUGGCCGGGACAUGGAGACCAUUGGCUUUGCGAUCUAUGAAGUCCCUGAUCACUUGGUGGGCCAGCCUUCUGUGCACCUGAAGCGGGACUUCUUCCUGUCGCACUCGUCCCUGGCCCGCUCGGAGCAGUUCGUCAACCUGCGGGAGGUCAGCUCGCGCAUCUGCCUGCCUCCCGGGGAGUACAUCGUGGUGCCCUCCACCUUUGAGCCAAACAAGGAGGGGGACUUUGUGCUGCGCUUCUUCUCUGAGAAGAAGGCCGGGACGGAGGAGCUGGAUGACAAGAUUGAAGCUGACCUGCCCGAUGAGAAAGUGCUUUCCGAAGAAGAGAUCGAUAGCACCUUCAAGGAUCUUUUUAAGCAGUUGGCUGGGGAGGACGAGGAGAUCAGCGUCAAGGAACUGCAGACCAUCCUGAACAAAAUCAUCAGCAAACACAAAGAUCUCCGGACCGAUGGCUUCAGUAAGGAGUCGUGCCGAAGUAUGGUGAAUCUCAUGGAUCGGGACGGCAAUGGGAAACUGGGGCUGGUGGAGUUUAACAUCCUCUGGAACCGAAUCAAAAAUUACCUGAGCAUCUUUCGAAAGUAUGACCUAGACAAGUCGGGCAGCAUGAGUUCCUACGAGAUGCGGAUGGCUCUUGAGGCAGCAGGGUACAAGUUGAAUAAGAAGCUGCAUGGACUAAUCAUAACUCGCUACUCAGAGGCUGACCUGAACUUGAACUUUGACAGCUUUGUGUGCUGUCUCGUGCGGCUGGAGACCAUGUUCCGAUUUUUCCAGGCCCUGGACACAGACAAAGAUGGAAUUGUGAAUUUUGACUUAUUUAGGUGGUUACAGUUGACCAUGUUUGCGUGAAGUGGAUGGGGCAGGCUUCCACCUCUCUCUGCACUGAUCCCAGUCCCCUCUUCUGUCUGCCACAUGACCCCAGCUUCAAGUGCCUUCUCAGGAGAGAUGGGAAGCUGCCCUUCCUCCUGCCUCCCUCCCCUCUGAGCUGCCACGGAUAUCCUCCACUAGAUAGGAGCACGCCUUCCUCACUUGUGCCUAAGACACAGACCUGGUAGGCCCUCCGGAAGGUGGGGAAGGAGUCCCAAGGACUCCAGCCUUGAGUCUACUCAAUCCUUCAGCAUGGAAGCCAGGAAUGCUGCUUGAUCCUGUGCCAACCUUGGGACAGGGGUCACGGGGCAAGCUGGGACGGUCCCCGCCAGAGGCCACCGCCCACAUAGCCCUCUUCACCGACCUGCCCACCUGAUGCCCACCAGAGAUUGAGGCUGCCUUCUAAUAUUGCUUCCAAGAAACCCCUCGGAGAGUAUGGGCCAGAAGACCCUGCCCUGGACUGUGGAUGGACACUCACCUGCCCCUAGUCCGGCCUCCCUUUCGAUCUUACACCCUCCCCACCGGUUCCCUUUGCCCCAUCCCUUCCCGGCCUGGUCCUUUGAGGAGUCCCUGUGCUGGGUUCCUGGAAACCAUCAGGACCUUCACAUUGAGAAAGCCCCACUUUGGGGUGACCGCCAGCCCCUGCCUCACUUGGGCCCUGUCCGGCUCCCUCGAGCUCUCUGAAGGCUGCUGCAUAUCCUGGGAGGGCCAACCUCUUUUUUGUUCCUGCUAGUUUUUUUUAUACUUGGUGAUUGUACGGGGAUCUCUUUAGGGAUUGGGUUUAUGGUUGUGGGGCCAUCUGAGGAGAUAUACCUAGGCUAAAGGUGGUAGAUGUUUUCUUGUAGAACCCAACCAACCAUUCUCAUGCCAAAGAACCCCAAAUAAAACAGAAAAAACCCCGAG